AUGGGAUGGGCCAGGGCUAAGACCGAGGGCGGGCUGUGCCUUGCAGUUGUUGCUCGAGAGGCUAUUGGCCACGGCGGAUUUGAGCUUGAAAUGAAGAGUGGCUCGCGAGAGCCUGAUUGGCACCGCAGAGGCGUCAGCCCCAACACCCGAGCUGAGACCUGGUGGGGGCCGGCAAUGCUGGCAACCGUACGAGCUGGCUAUAUUGGUCGUGGUGGUGAGGGUGGUGGUAAUCCAGCGUCUUGGGACAGGCUCGUUUGUGGAGCGGGCCGCCUUGCAGGUGACGCACACAGUUCGCGUCUCUCCAAGCAAGUCGCGAUGGCUGUGGAGGGCGUGCUGCCCGAAGAGGUUGCUGCAUGCGGGCGGCAACAAAGAAGAAAACCUGGAGACAAGACAUUGAGGUCUCUGAUGCCCGUGUUCCUGAAUCCUGGACCCCUGAUGGGGCUAGGCAUCUGCUUGAAGAGGACAGAAGGACAUCGGGCAGGGCCAGCAGGAAACGCCUGGGUUGCGAGGUGGGGUUCAGAUCUCGGAUCGUGGACUUGGAUCAUGCAAGAGGACAGUCGCGUCGGAGUGUUGUUGGAGACGUGCCCGGUCGAGAUCGUCCGCCCUUGGUGA